CUUCCGUCCGGAAACGUCGUCGCGGACGGAGGGUUCCGGGCCAACCAGACUGAGCGUGGCCGGGAGAUACAGCCGGCUCUUCUGGAGGGAGGGCACAGGAGGAGCGGACGCCAGGCUCUGCGCUGUUCCCUCGGCGUCCUGGGCUUGCUGGGCCGCAUCCGCCCCUCGUCACCCCAGGAUGGCGUUUAAGGCCUCGCGUGCCUGCUCUUCUGGGCUGCGGUCCCGCUUAGCACUGGCGUGGAUGCUGCCUUCACCAGGCCUUUGGAGACUCAGUUGCUUUUUAAUGGCCGCAGCAGCUGCUGGGUGAGCAGCUGCAGACUGUACAGUACUCCUGUCAGGAAGAUCGCCUUCUCCGGCUGUUACUACCCCUGGAUUGGUGGCGCUUUUCCCUCUUUAGCCCUCCACUCUUGAAGGAGAAGAUGCCACUGCCAUUUGGAUUGAAAUUAAAACGCACCCGGCGCUACACAGUGUCCAGCAAAAGCUGCCUGGUUGCCCGGAUUCAACUGCUUAAUAAUGAGUUUGUGGAGUUCACGCUGUCUGUGGAGAGCACUGGUCAGGAGAGCCUGGAGGCUGUGGCCCAAAGACUGGAGCUGCGGGAGAUCACCUACUUCAGCCUCUGGUACUACAACAAGCAGAAUCAGCGCCGGUGGGUAGAUUUGGAAAAACCUCUGAAAAAGCAGCUGGAUAAGCAUGCAUCGGAGCCUACUGUCUAUUUUGGAGUGGUGUUUUAUGUACCUUCCGUGUCACAGCUGCAGCAGGAGGUCACCAGGUAUCAGUAUUAUCUGCAGCUGAAGAAAGACAUCUUGGAAGGAAACAUUCCUUGUACAUUAGAACAAGCAAUUCAGCUAGCAGGUUUAGCUGUUCAAGCUGACUUUGGUAACUUUGAUCAGUAUGAAUCCCAGGACUUUCUUCAGAAAUUUGCAUUGCUUCCUGUGGGGUGGUUACAAGAUGAAAAAGUGUUGGAAGAAGCAACCCAAAAAGUGGCCUUACUGCAUCAGAAAUACAGGGGGCUCACAGCUCCUGAGGCUGAAAUGCUGUACAUGCAGGAGGUAGAGAGAAUGGAUGGCUAUGGAGAAGAGAGCUACCCUGCGAAGGAUAGCCAAGGCGGUGACAUAUCCAUUGGAGCGUGUCUUGAAGGUAUCUUUGUGAAACAUAAGAAUGGGAGGCCUCCUGUGAUAUUUAGGUGGCAUGAUAUUGCUAACAUGUCCCACAAUAAGUCCUUUUUUGCACUGGAGCUGGCAAAUAAAGAGGAGACCAUCCAGUUUCAAACUGAAGACAUGGAAACGGCAAAAUAUGUAUGGAGACUCUGUGUUGCACGACACAAAUUUUACAAACUAAAUCAGCGUAGCCUGCAAACUCAGACUGUCUCAGUGAACCCAGUUAGGAGGAGGUCAUCUUCAAGGAUGUCCCUGCCUAAACCCCAGCCCUAUGUGAUGCCUCCCCCACCCCAGCUGCAUUACAAUGGACACUAUACAGAACCAUAUACUUCUUCCCAAGAUAACCUCUUUGUGACCAACCAGAAUGGAUACUAUUGUCACUCUCAGACAAGUUUGGAUCGAGCGCAGGUCGACCUGAGCGGUCGGAUCCGCAAUGGCAGUGUCUACAGUGCGCACAGCACUAACUCCUUAAAUAACGCUCAGCCCUACUUGCAGCCCUCACCCAUGUCCUCUAACCCAAGCAUUACCGGGAGUGACGUCAUGAGACCUGACUGUGUCCUGUCACACAGGCACAGCGCCCUGAUACCUCCAUCUUACCGCCCGACCCCAGAUUAUGAGACUGUGAUGAAGCAGCUCAACAGAGGAAUGGUGCACACAGAGAGGCAGAGCCGCUCGCUGAGAAACCUCAACAUCGGCCACUCGUACGCGUACAGCCGGCCCGAUGCCCUGGUCUAUAGCCAACCUGAAAUUCGGGAGCAUGCCCAUUUUACCUCCCCCCAGUCGGCCCACUGUCCACUCAGUUUGAAUUACAGUUUCCACAGCCAGUCUGCCUACCCCCACCCCGCAGAGAGGCGGCCUGUGGUGGGUGCUGUCAGCGUGCCUGAGCUGACCAACGUGCAGCUCCAGGCCCAGGACUACCCAGCCCCAAACAUCAUGAAAACACAGGUGUACCGCCCACCCCCACCGUACCCAUACCCGAGGCCUGCCAACAGCACCCCAGACCUGUCGCGCCACCUCUACGUGAGCAGUAGCAACCCGGAUCUCAUCACCAGGCGAGUCCAUCACUCGGUCCAGACGUUCCAGGAGGAGAGCCUGCCGGUGGCCCAUUCUCUCCAGGAGGUCAGCGAGCCUCUCACCUCAGCCCGGCACGCCCAGUUACAGAAGAGGAACAGCAUUGAGUUGGCUGGGCUGGCGCACAGCUUCGAAGGCAUGAGGCUUAAGGAGAGGACCAUGUCGGCGUCCGCCGCAGACGUGGCGCUGCGGGCUGUCUCCGCAGGCUCCCAGCCAAAUGUUCUCAUGGAGAGAACAAAACGAGAAGAGACUGAUGAUCAGGAAAGCCCGAGAUAUGGUCAUAAAAAAUCUCUGUCCGACGCCACCAUGCUGAUACACAGCAGCGAGGAGGAGGAAGAUUUUGAAGAGCAGAACAGAACAGGGACGGCGCUCUCUCCGCAGGCACGUGAGCCCCGGGGCAGUUACUCCCAAGAGCCACAGCCGACCUUCCCCUGUGCUUCGGUCACCCCAGCUGCCGGCCCUCUGCACAUUCUCGAGCCCAAGUCCCACAUCACCGAGGCUGAGAGGAGGGUGAGAGACAGCAGCCCUGUUCACAUGGUCGCUGAGGCCCGGCGGCCCAGAAGAGACGGGCUGCUGACGCCCUCCAUGUCCGAGUCUGACCUCACCACGUCUGGGCGGUACCGAGCGAGGAGGGAUUCUCUGAAGAAGAGGCCGGUGUCGGAUCUCCUCUCUGGGAAGAAGGACAUUGUGGACGGACUUCCGCCGUUGGGGGGAAUGAAAAAGAGCCGAGUAGAUGCGAAAAAAAUUGGCCCUCUCAAAUUGGCUGCCCUGAAUGGACUCUCCCUGUCCCGGCUGCCUCUGCCCGAUGAAGGAAAGGAGGUGCCGGCCAGAGCCACCAAUGACGAGAGGUGUAAAAUUUUGGAACAGCGGUUAGAACAGGGAAUGGUAUUCACAGAAUAUGAACGAAUCCUUAAAAAACGGCUAGUAGAUGGGGAGUGCUCAACAGCACGACUCCCUGAAAAUGCAGAAAGAAAUCGAUUCCAAGAUGUCCUUCCCUAUGACGAUGCCAGAGUGGAGUUGGUCCCAACUAAGGAAAACAAUACUGGCUACAUCAAUGCAUCACACAUUAAGGUCUCUGUAAGUGGAAUUGAAUGGGACUAUAUUGCCACACAGGGACCAUUACAGAAUACUUGUCAGGAUUUUUGGCAGAUGGUAUGGGAACAAGGCAUUGCAAUUAUAGCUAUGGUGACAGCAGAAGAGGAGGGUGGAAGGGAGAAGAGCUUUAGGUACUGGCCACGACUUGGGUCCAGGCAUAACACCGUCACCUAUGGAAGGUUUAAGAUCACAACGCGCUUCCGCACAGACUCGGGUUGCUACGCUACUACAGGCUUGAAGAUGAAGCACCUCCUCACAGGGCAGGAGAGGACAGUUUGGCACCUCCAGUACACAGACUGGCCUGAGCAUGGCUGUCCACAGGACCUCAAGGGGUUUUUAUCCUACCUGGAAGAGAUCCAGUCUGUUCGACGCCAUACAAAUAGCACAAGCGAACCAAAAGGCCCCAACCCCCCGCUGCUGGUCCACUGCAGUGCGGGAGUGGGCAGGACCGGCGUCGUCAUUCUGUCAGAGGUCAUGAUCGCCUGUCUGGAGCACAAUGAGGUGCUGGACAGCCCAAGGGUGCUGGACAUGCUGAGGCAGCAGAGAAUGAUGAUGGUGCAGACCCUCUGCCAGUACACGUUCGUGUACCGCGUUCUCAUUCAGUUCCUGAAAAGCUCAAGGCUCAUAUAAGCUCCCCCCACUUCUGAAGGGGACCUGAUCACGUGACGCGUUUACAGCUAGAAGUGCUUGCCUAACUCACUUUCUCCUCGACACUCGAUCCUCGCAGAAGGCUGCAGUGGGACGCCAGCGACGGGAUGACUAAGCACACGGAGGAAACAUGCAGAGCACAAGGCCGAGCAGGGGGCGCCUGCCCUGGGAGAGGCGCCUGAGGAGGAGGGCUGGGUUUUGGGGGCCCUGCCCUGCUCCAGUCUGUCUGAUUUGCAGUACUUGCACACAUUUUGGAGAUUGUAUUUUCUAGAUAAUUCUCUAUUUUACUGAAGCUACGCUGGGCAAUUCUGGCAAUCAUUGAGGUGCAUAGAAAGCUUUAGUUUUUGAUAAUGGAGUUUUAUUUUAUGACUAAAAAUAUUUGGGGUUUUCUUGUUGAGAAACUGAACUUCCUAUGGGGGUGAUCCACAGAUAUGAAUGGUUCCUAUAUAACUUUGUAUUUAAAACCAUGUUAUUGUCUUGUGUUGUUUAAAAAAAAAACUUGGGUACUUAACAGUUGAGUUACCAAAUCCAAAACUAUAAAAUCCUAAAAGUGUUAUUUUGAAAUGUGAAAAAGCAUUUUUAUAGUCAGAAGAUUUUUUAUCCUAAAAUUAUGUAUAUUUGUACCUUCUGUAUUUUCCAGACAGGAGUUUAACUCUUUAAGGUACUGAAAUGAGUCAGUUAAUGUAAGGGAAAGUUGGGAAUGAAGCCACACUAUUUAAAACUUAAGAGAAUAAUCAGAUUCACUAUUUCUUUCAGUAUCAUUUGUGAACCUGAAUGAGUUUGAUUUUAUUGGUUGAAAAUGAAGUGAAAAUACAAUUGCAUAGGAUGGUUUUUAAGCACUUUUCGUUAAAAACAAUAAAUCUGAGUGUUAAUAUAUGUGUUGCUUUAUAGGUGAAACAAUAGUAACAAUGGACAUUGUUUCAGAAGAAGUGUUUGGAAAGCGAUAAAGAAUAACAGCAUGCAGGAUGACUAGGACCAGAGUAAGUGCAGUGUAAGUGCAAGAUGGCGCAUGCAAGAAGGCUCCGCCUUUACACGUGCACAGUAUCACCUGUGCUCAGGCUGAGAGGCUGGGAUGGAGACAGGGGGCUUGGGAGUAUGGGUGCCGAUCCCCCACAGGGUAGGUAUUCCCAGGAAAUUCAAGGCCUGUCACUGUCGAUGACUCACUCUGUUUCCUUGGAUUUCUUCCCCCUAAACCUCUGUUCUUUUUUAACAAAUAAAAUCAAGCUCCUGUAUAUUAUCAACAGAAGCCUUGAAGAGGCCUUAUUUGCUUUGGUUGAAAGAAGGGAAGAGUUAGUCAUAGUUUUACCUUAUCUCCCAAAAUUACAGUCCAAACUUCUGGGGCCACCAGAGAUUGUGGCAUUCAGGAGGUACCUGCGUGACAGCUCUUUCAUCCCCUCACUUCACCCCUGAGGUCCAUUUUAGCUUCUUACCUCCCCACCCCCAUCCCAUUUAGGCACAUCGCUGUGGGCAGAGCCAGGCUGAGAUGACUCAUCCUAGUGGGGGUUGAUAGGUAAGGAUGAAUUGGUACAUGUAGUCAAGGAGCCAUCUCUUUCCGUCUUCUGAGGCUGCUUCUCCAAAGUGCAGAGCCUCCAAAAUACCAGAUCUAGGGCAAUUCCCCUAAUUGUAGUACCCUAGGGAUAAUUCUGACUCCCAUGUUAGUGCCCCAAGUGGUUAACUCACUGCCGUGACCGCUGAGUGUGUUGUCAGCUGUGCAAGGGGAUUUCCUUUAGACUCUUGAGUUACCCAGAAACCAACCACAAAGAGGAAAAUGCAGAAGAUACUAAAGAAAAUGAAAGUGGGCACGUUUCUCAUUUAGAAACAAAAUAUUAAUUUUACAUCUAAAAUUGUUUUAAGAGUCCUGUUUAAAAGAACAAUAAACCCAAUGUAAAUACUCAGAAAGAGCUCCCAGAAGAAUGAAGUAAGGGUGUUUUAUGGUAGUAUUUUAUGGCAGUGUCCCAUCUCCACACCAUAUAAAGGACAGGAGAGUUUUUGAUACUUUCUCCCUCCCAUAGUAUGGUUUUGAAAAAUGCUUUUCUGUCAGGUUGAAACAUUUUGAAGUGUCCCAUUGACAAGAACAUACUGUAAAACAAAAAUCUAAGGAAUAACAUAUGGUAUAUUUGUGUUUCUGUUGUGAUAAUUAUAAUUAUGAGGGCUAAAUUAGACCAUUUAAAUGUCACUGUUAAAAUGUCACAUGUUUGACAUAGCUUCUAAGACCCAUGAAUUUUUUGUCUCUUGAAAAUUUAAACUUUUAGUUUAUGAAAGUAUUCCUAAAUAAAAAGAAAUUACAUUACUGGAUUUUGAAAUAAUAUGAUUUUCCAGAGUGAACUGUGGAACAUUGAGGCUUCAUAGGUUUACCGUGCCAGAAUUGAGUAUGUUACUGUCUGCCAAACUUAACACACUGCUUCAGUAUGUUAGUGUCUUUUAGUUCCUUGAUGAUAUUAAUUUCAUAUCAAAAUUACCAAAAUGUCCAUUUUCACAAAAAGUGGGUUUUGUAGACCAGUGGUAUCCACUGAUCAGUUUUGGCAUCUCUGGUAUCAGUUUUCUUGAGUGGGGUUUUUUGAUGAAAUAGUCUGGGUAGUUUUGAAUACAGAAAGUGUUCAUUUUAGAUUAUAAUUUGGAAUGUUAAUUGCAGUCAUUAUUAAUUACUUUCUUCUGAAACACUUACUGUGAAGCAUACAGAAAGCCCUAGAAUUUAAAAUACUUUGGCAAGAUUAAAACAAACGAACUGUGCUUCCUUAGAAACUCCCAGAAAGAGGAAAGUCUAGGCAGAAACAGGAGAGUGUUGGGGAUAGGACUGAAAGAUGACACCUCGGCAUGGCCAGCUGUUUUGUUGAAGCUUUCAUCACUAGAAGAAAACAUGCAUUUCAAAUGGGUUGAUCUGUUAAUACAGUAUUAAAAAGUAUAUAAAUGUGUAUGUUAUAUAUCAAACACUGUCAUGUGUUAAACUGUAAAAUUGGGGGUCAGCUGCAACUUAACCAGGAGCAGGUUUAUUUGAGACUUAAAUGUUAACAGGUGGAAACAAGAAUUGACAUUUGUCAUAAAUUAUUUUUAAAAUCAAACUUUGUAAAGGAACUCUUUUGGAUGUAAACUUAGGGAAUUUGUUUCCCAUCUAGAUUUCAUGUGGAACAAGCUAAAACUCUUUCCAGUUUAAAGUUUAUUUUUAAAAUAUCUAAAUUGGAGGUUGCUCUUUCUUGAGCUAAGAGGUAAAUAUUUCAAAGUAGAAUUAGGUACAUUAGGAAUUUUCCUGUGAAAACACUUCUCAAAAGAGCAUGUAGUUUUCAGGUUCCUGUAGAUAAGGGCUCCAUUUACUCUAAUAUCUGCAAUUACUUAUAGAGAAAUGAGGAAAAAUCAGAAAGCCCAGUUGGGUAAAGCUUGCAUGUGUUGGGAAUGGAUGGAUAGAGGAUUUUAGAACACAUUUGAAGGGGUCCUUGUAUUGGUAAAGUGGCAUAGUCUUUGUCUAUAACAGGCAGUUCCCAAAUAAAGAUUAAGCUCUAAAAAUUCAGGUGUAUGUUGAAUUAUUGAGAUGUAGUGAAUAUUCCCCAUUAUAAGUAUUACUCUUGGUUUGUCUUCCCAAAGCUUUUUUAAACCAUAUGGAAUUUGCUAGGUAAACACUGGUAUGGAACCAAAUUGCCAUCAUCUGUACUCCAAGAAAAAUACUCAGCAAGUUUUCUCUCUGUUGCAUCCCGAUGGUGAGAUCAGGGAACAAAUUCUCUGCCAGGCAAUGGGGACUGAGCCUCAGCAAGCAGUUGAAGUCAGAUUGGUAUUUGAUGAGAGAAUGCCAUCUGAGUGAAUAUCCCAGCAUUUGUUACAGAGGUUUGAGUGGCACAUGAAGGGCAAGGAGCAGAAUGGGAGAUGAGGUGAGCAGGGAUGCUGCCUGUGGAACUGGCUGUGAGGCAGGCAGGCGAAGUGAAUUGGCAGUACACCCCCCCUCUCCUGUUGUCCCGUCCGGAUCCUCCCUCGGAUUGUCACUGGCAUGAAAGAGGGUGGACCACGGAGGAAUUCUGCAGACGCCACUGAGGCAGCAGCAGUUCCAAGGCAAAGACCCCGUGGAAGGGCAGCUGUAGGUCACAGGUGUCUAAGUUACGGUCUGGCUGCAUAUCAUGUUUCCAAAAAAUGUUUACUCCAUAGAUUUGAGAAAUUAAAACACUUGGUUUUCAAAAAUCUGGAGUAAAUCUUAACAGUUUUCAAUAUGUUGAUAGUAACCGUAUGCUUCUUUAAAAUUUGGCUUUAAUAUUAUAAAGUAUAAGGACAAAUGGCUGAAAAGAAAGGAAUAAUAGUGUUUGAACUUUUAACUGUAGAACUGUGUGGCUGUUAAUUUCUGAAAAAAUUUUAUUAGGUAAAUUUGAUGAUGAUUCCUUAACUUCCAUUAAAUGUCUGUGGUAUGUCAUAUAAAAGGAGCUUUUAAAAUCUCUAAAAUCCUUGGCUUUAAAUCUAUAAUGUAGUGUACAUACACUGGCAAAAGCAGUACAUGAUUCCAGUGUAAUCUGCAAUUUUUAUUUGAACUGGUAGGUGGUUUUUAAGCUGUGUACAUGACUAAUUAUUUCAGUUGUCAAAUGUGUAUACUAUUGACAUUUUGUGUGUGUGUGUGUGUGUGUGUGUGUGUGUGUGUGUGUGUGUAGUUUAAAUUCACAAUCCAAAACAGUGAAAAAAAUUCUGCAGUAUUCACUCAUAGGAGCAGGUCUGUUCUACCAAAGAAAUUGAAAAAGAUGGAUUGUCCAGGUUAGCCAGAACAUGAAUCUGUCCAACCUCAAUUUUGGGGGUAGGAUCAUGAGACUAGUACAGAUUUAAUAAUAAUUGGCUUUCCAUUUCCAUCUGCUCAUUCAUCAUCUGAGCAAGACUGAAUAAAUGAAUGAAGGACACAAGCUCAGUUGCUCAUUUCUCAUGAGUGCAAAUACCUCAGGUCAGACUAUCAUCAUAAACACUAAGAGACUGUCCAAAAUUUUAGCCUAACAGUUUUUUAGAAAUCACUUGGUAUUAACAGACCUCAUAAAUGGGAAAAAUCUUUCGUUGCUUAUUUUAUAGUACUAUUUGUUUAAAUGUAAUCUUAGAGUUUGAAGGAUCUAAUAGUUUUGGAGUUUUAACUGGAAUAAAGUCAGUGCAAAAUUGGUUCACUCCCCCAAAGCCUGGAAAAAGUAAGUAUUCUCCAGACAUGACAAACUUAUUGCCAGAACAGAUGUUAAAAAAUAUGGUUAACAGUAAUACAAAACUGUUGAAUUAACUCAAAUGAAUUGAAACGGUAGAAGAAAAAAUACUACAGCUGUUUAUACCAAACAACUUUUAGACUGUUGGAGCUCUAAGGCUUUUUAUUUGCAUUGUUUGUUUUUUUUUGUGGCACAAUAGAGAGUGAAACAGUGGUUAUUGUGUACAGAUUCUUAAUGGUUUUGAAAAUUUUCUGUUAAUAUUAAUAUAUACCCUCUCCCUAUUAAUUUUUUUUCUCAAUUGGAUUUUAAAAGUAAGCUUAAUUUCUUGUAAAAUUGAGCUAUUAUGCAAUUAUCAGUAAACUCAAUUUCUAAGCAACACACUGAAAGUGAGGGGAGAUAAAUUUUGCUUUUUACUGUAUUCUGAAGUGAUUUUUUUUUACAUUAACAUAUAAAAGUUUUAUCUUGCAAAUGCUAAAUAUCCUAAUUUUCCUGUGGAAACACUUCAGUGUUUCAUUCUGUUGUGCUUAAAAGAGGGAAAUGCUCUGAGUUGUCCAUGCUGUUUGGUGCAGAUGAAGAUUAUGCUGUAACAAACCAGAAAUGUAUGUUUCUGAGUUGUACAACCUGAUUAAAAAUUGAAGCACUCCAGACCAUAUACAUAGUAAAUUUAGCAAAGCAUACUUCAAAAGUAAACAUCUACAUGGCAAAAUCUAUUUAAAUACAAAUUCCAACAGAGUUGUUAUGAUUUAAUAGACCUAACAAAACUUACACCCAAAAUCUGGAGAAAAUUUAUAUGAAAUACAUUUUCUUAGAAAGUUGCCCUGUAAUUCAAGCAAUGCACUGGGAAUUCUACGUUUUUGAAAUGCUAAUAUAAAUAGUUGUCUAGUGUCAUUCUCUAGUUUAAAAAUCAAUUUUAAAUGCUGUGAUCAAUAAUGUAAAGAUGUAUAAUCAGAAGAACUUAAUUCUAAAUUGUUGGUUUGUAAAAGUGUACAUUUAUUGGGCAAAAAAGCUUGAAUGUAAUAUAUGUGAAUGAAGUCUAUUUUUGCCAUAAAAAUAAAUAUUGAAGCAAUA